AUGCCUGUCAGCGUGGAGAAGAAGACUGUGAAAGUAAAGGCAAAGUCAAGAAGUAGCGACAAGGAAAAGCUGCGAGAGAUAGAAGCGGAGCUGAUCGAUUAUGGAGACUCGCAGGUUGGGAACGUGAUUAUCUCGGCUGCAGCAGCCACAUUCCUUUUGAAGGGAGAAGACAGGCACCAGGUGAUUAGCCUGACAGAGGACGAGACGUUUCGGACUUGUCAAAAGAAACUACGUUGUGAACCUCGCAUGGCAGCUUUUGUUGGUGUUUUUGAUGGCCACGACACUGACAUGGCUUCAGAAUACUGCUCUAAAGGAAUGGUACCGCAUAUUUUGUCCGAACUGACGGGGCAAUCAGUUCAAAGGGGUAGUCAGAUGUGGAAUAUUAUGGGCCCAGAUAGAGCCAAUGCUCCACUGGCAUUUGACACAAUAGAUGAUCCCACUCACUCUGAUAUGGAAAUACCCUUUAUUGCAGCGUUUCAAAAGGCACAUGAAAGAUUUGCCAACAAAAUGGACCCUCCAACUUUUGACGACCUGAGCAAACUGGGAGGUACACCUAUCAAAGUGGCCCCUCCAACGAGCCUGAACCCCAUGCAGUGGAUGGCGACAUCACCGGAACCUCAACGAGGCGGGACAACAGCGUGUGUCAUGUCAGUGUUCACAGAACUGGGAGAGGAUCAACCAACUGUCGUGGUCGCAAACACGGGAGAUUCUCGACUCAUUACUGAUGAUGCCUCUGGCACCCACAGAUAUCGACAAGUCACCACGGACCAUCGCCCCAGCAACCCUGCUGAGAAGAAACGUCUUACCGAAGCAGUGGCUCGGGGAGAAACGACGCUGCAUCGUAGUGCGGAACAUCGAGAUGCUCGCAUCUUUCCUGGCGGCUUGGCCGUGUCUAGAACGAUUGGAGAUAUUACCAGCAGCAAAAGCGUCAUCUGUACGCCUGAAGUUGUGAAUGUGCCACUGAAAAUUGGCAUCGAGGAUGGAAUGGAACGGACACAACGUUUUGUAGUGGCAACAGAUGGUUUGUGGGAUGUUGUUGAAAAUGAGGCGGUUGGAAAAGCUGCUUCCAGGAAUUCCAAGAAUGCCACUGUCAAACGAAGAAAGUCUUCUGAUGGCGUUAGUCGUAGCAAAAGCCCUGUUAGGAGAACUGGCAGCGUCACGUCAUCAGCCAAGGAAGCUAAAAGAACCAGCCCCAAAGAAGCCGCCAUGAAGAUAUUGCAGAUCUGUUUGGACGCAGGCGGCAGUCGUGAUGAUAUUACCAUUUGUGUUGUGGAUGUUACACGGGCACUUUGA